AUUCCACAGAACCAAACACCAGGCCGGGAGCAACUCGCGUAAUGGCAUCGGCUCGCUCCGUGAUGCUCCACGUGCUGCUGCUCGCGGUGGCCCUCGCCGCGGCGCCGGCCGUCCUCUCGGACCCGCCGCCGCUCCAGGACUUCUGCGUGGCCGACCUCAAGGCCGCCACGGCGGUCGACGGGUUCCCCUGCAAGGCGCCGUCGACGGUGGAGGACGACGACUUCUUCUCCGACGCCAUGGUCGCCGCGCCCAGAACCGACACCAACCCCUUCGGCGUCAACUCCACGCGCGCCACCGUGUCGGUCUUCCCGGGCCUCAACACGCUGGGCCUCUCCAUCACGCGCACCGACCUCGCCGUGGGCGGCCUCAACCCGCCGCACUCGCACCCUCGCGGCUCCGAGCUCGUGCUGGUGCUCAAGGGCGAGGUCAUGGUCGGCUUCACCUCGGCGACCAACCGGCUCUUCACCAAGGUGGUGAAGGAGAACGAGCUCUACGUCGUGCCCCGCGGCCUGCAGCACUACCAGCUCAACGUUGGCACCGGCGACGCCGUGUUCAUGGCCAUGUUCGACGCCCAGUCGCCGGGCCUGGUCACGCCCACGCUCGCGCUCUUCGCGACCGAGCCGGCCAUGCCCAUGGAGGUGCUCACCAAGACCUUCCUCAUGGGCGAAGAUGAUGUCACCGCCAUGAAAUCCAAAUUCGCCGGCUUCUGACACUGAAUAUUGGCGGGGGUUCAGCUGCUAAUGCAAUCCGCUGCAGUAUCCGUAUUCGUUUCAAGAGCGUGCGUUUGUUGCUGUCUCUGUACCCGACUUGUGUGAGAUCGUUGUGUCUCCGUGU